AUGACUAUCACGGAACAUCCAGAAACUACACCAAAAUGGUGGAAAGAAGCUACCAUCUACCAAAUCUACCCGGCCAGUUUCAAGGACAGCAAUAAUGAUGGGUGGGGUGACUUAAAAGGCAUCACGUCUAAAUUGCAGUACUUGAAAGAUUUGGGCGUGGACGCUGUGUGGGUUUGUCCCUUCUACGACUCUCCACAGCAAGAUAUGGGGUACGACAUUGCGAAUUAUGAGAAGGUGUGGCCAACAUACGGUACUAACGAGGAGUGUUUCGAGCUAAUCAACAAGACGCACGAGCUCGGUAUGAAGUUCAUAACCGAUCUGGUCAUCAACCACUGUUCUGCCGACCACGAGUGGUUCAAGGAAAGCAGAUCGUCCAAGACCAACCCAAAACGUGACUGGUUCUUCUGGAGACCACCAAAGGGCUACGACAGCGAGGGCCGGCCAAUUCCACCUAACAACUGGAAAUCGUUCUUUGGGGGCCCAGCGUGGUCUUUCGACGAGACGACCAACGAGUUUUUCCUGCGUUUGUUUGCAUCCCGUCAACCUGAUUUGAACUGGGAAAACGACGAGUGCAGAAAGGCCAUCUACGAAAGUGCUAUUGGGUAUUGGCUGGACCACGGUGUCGAUGGAUUCCGUAUCGAUACUGCAGGUCUAUAUUCCAAGCGCCCAGGCAUGCCAGACUCGCCAAUUUUUGACUUGAACUCGGACUUGCAGCAUCCUAACUGGGGGUCCCACAAUGGUCCCCGGAUUCACGAGUUUCACAAAGAAAUUCGCAGAUUCAUCGUUGACAGAGUCAAAGACGGCAGGGAGAUCAUGACAGUGGGUGAAGUUGCUCACGGUAACGACAACGCGCUUUAUACCAGUGCUUCCAGGGGCGAAAUGAGUGAAGUGUUCAGCUUCCGUCAUGUGGAUACGGGCGCGAGUGAAUUUUUCCGCUACAAUGCCGUGCCCUUCACUUUGAAAGAAUGGAAGCAAGCUAUUGCCGACAAUUUCUUGUUUAUCAACGGAACUGAUACUUGGUCCACGAUCUACCUUGAAAAUCACGAUCAACCUCGCAGCAUCACAAGAUUUGGCGACGACUCGCCAAAGUACCGUAUACUUUCCGGAAAACUCUUGGCCAUGUUGGAGUGUUCACUGACAGGCACCUUGUAUUUGUACCAAGGUCAAGAAAUAGGUCAGAUCAAUUUCAAAGACUGGCCUAUCGAGAAGUAUGAAGAUGUGGAUGUGAGAACCAACUACAAUAUAAUCAAGGAGAAACAUGGCGAAAACUCGAACGAGAUGCAGAAGUUUUACGAAGGAAUUGCCUUGUUGUCAAGAGAUCACGCCAGAACCCCGAUGCAAUGGUCUGCAGAAACCCCAAAUGCCGGGUUCUGUGCCCCCGACGCUCAGCCUUGGUAUUUCUUGAACGAGUCCUACAAAAACGGAAUCAACGUUGCGGACGAAUUAGAUAACAAGGAUUCCGUUCUUAACUUUUGGAAGAAGGCCAUGAAAGCCCGAAAGGAGAACAAGAAUGUGAUGGUUUACGGGUACGACUUCGAGUUCAUUGACUUGGACAGCGACAAGCUCUUCAGCUUCACCAAGCAGUUUGAGGACAAGACAUUGUUUGCUGCGUUCAAUUUCAGUGGAGACAUGGUUGAUGUAAAGUCGCCCAAGGAAGGAGCAUCUCUGUCUCUGAUCCUCGGAAAUUAUGAUGACGUCGAUGCCUCCUCAACCGUUUUGAGACCAUGGGAAGGCAGACUUUACUACGUGCAGUAA